AAAAAAUCUAUGAGCUCAGGCCAAAGUUUGACAACGCAAAUAGUGGUAUUGCUGUACAGUAGGCGGCCUCGAAGUAUGACAUAACUGUCGCCUUGGACGUGGCAGACCUUGCCACCUACUUACAUCAACCAUGUCUUCGUCUGCUCGCUCGUUGCCUGUCCGGCCACGCUAUGACGGCAUGGAGACCACAGAUUCGCCGUGUGUACUACUGCUUGACUUGUCACAUUCCGCGCUUGCCGGUAUCGAUCUGCUGUCGUUUACGACGACGCCGAAGUUCAAAGGCAUCAAAAAUUUGCCUCCAGGUCUCCACUUUGUAUUUUGUAGCACCAGUAGCGAUCUUUCCGUCCGUCAUGGAGCUUGGUUCGAAGUGCCGGCGAAUUCUGACCAGCUGCAUCCACUGUUUGUGAAAAGGUGGAAUGCAUCGACGGAGCAGCUGGAAGACGUUACAGAUGUUGCGGAGAUCCUACGGUGGCGUGCGAAUCUGGGAUCGAUAUGGCGCGAAGGGCUGUCGCCAUACCGUCAAACUGCUUCACAGGAGGCCACCGAAGAGAAAUCCGACUGGUCACUCCUAACGGACCGCAUUACCGCCUCGCUGCUCUCGAAACUCCUCGGCGAAACGCCAAACCACUGGAGCAUAACGUCGGCUUCGUCGUCCAAGGAAGAUCUGGAGGUCAUCCCCGGUAUAAGCAUGUCCAGCAGCGUGAUGCAAGCAGAGAAAGAGCUUGGUUUCCUGCCAAUCGAUUUGAAGCGACCUUGGCGAGAGGGCGCAACAGGACGGGAGAGGACAGAAGCUGCUUUGGACCACUCGUGGUACUUGCGCGAGCUCUUGGAGAAGCAUUGUCUGGGCCGAAGUUUUGAGCAUAUUUUAGGGGAGAUGCAGUUCUGCUUCCUGAUGGUUCUAACGUUGAACAAUUACUCGUGCUUGGAACAGUGGAAGCGGCUACUGAGUCUGCUGCUGACGUGCAAGUCAGCCGUUUCCGAUUUUUCCGCGUUCUACGUCAAGUUUCUCGCCCAGCUCCGCGUUCAGUUGCAGAACUGUCAGGUCGCAGAAGGCGGAUUGUUUGAUCUUGCUGACGAGUCUGGCUCACUUCUUAAGGGACUCCUUCACAAAUUCAAGUUCGGCUUGCGCGACAUCUCUGGUGCGGGGAAGAGCGACGUUAUGGAUGAACUCGAUGAGCUUGAAAAUUUCUUGCGUGAUGAACAUGGCUGGGAACUCGACAGCAAUUUUGUGCGGAAAGGACUGCUCGAGCUUGAAGACGGUGAGAAAGUGGAGAUGGACGUUGCAGAUUUUGACGAAGAAGAUGAGAGUGGCGAAUACGCACCCACUGUGGUCCAGUUGACGGAGGAGCAAAUGGAGGAGCUAGGUAUCGUGACUGUCGAUCCAAGGACCACUCAGGCUGGCCACGCGCAGGGCAUCACUGAUCCAAAAGCGGACGACCACAUGGAGUCCGAGGAUGAUCAAGAUCUGGAAGAUAUGGAUACGCGGUAUUAAAUCUGACUAUAUUCGCUGUUCAUAAACCUGCGUUCGGCGCAAGGCUGUCAUUGAAGUUCUAAAACAUCUAAUUUGGCCUUGUCGCAAUCUGUAGUAUAUGUUAAUGACCUUUUUACCCCAUGAAUGCAGCGGCGCAAAAGGGCUUAUCCACGUCGUUCUAUUGCAUCAAGCAGUUGGACAUCUGUUACGAC